AGUUUUGAUAACUUAUCAAAACCCUUUUUAUUAAUAAUGCAUUUUCUUAUUUAUAUAAUGUUUUUAUACAGUUAAAACGUUAAAACUAAUGACAAUAUUGUUUCCUUCAUCCAUUAUUGAAAAAACAUUUCGUAUCCUACGCUUAUAGGCGUUGUUCGUAGUCAAAGGGUUAAUGCAAUGGCUCCGGAUGAAGCUUUCCCUACUGGGAUACUACCUUUACCAACUUCUAUGUGUAGCAUGAAAAAUAAUAUUUAAUUAGAAAACACUCGGAAAAUUAAUUACCAGAAAGAGAGUGGUCAGGAAAUGUCGGAUUAAUUAAAAGUAAAGAUAGUUGUUUUUCUUUUUUUCUUUUUUUUUUUCUUUCUAAUGAAAGAACAAUUUAAAAAAUGACCCUGUUAUUUCUAUGUAAAUAAAGUAUCAUAAUUUGUUAUGAUGGCAUAAAAUUUGGACAAAAUAAUGUAUAAAUAAAUAUGAUCGAAGAAUUUCUCUAAGGGAAAAAAAAUUGUUGAUAGGAGAUCAUCGAGUUAUUGGAAAAAAAAAGAAAAAGAAAAAAAAAAGGACGAAUCGAAAAGGAUUGGAGAAAGUUGGGUGGACUCUUGGUUGGCUUUAAAAUGGAAUAAAAUGUGGGCGGCGGCAACGGGAACGUGGCGCUGUCAGCGGCGUGGUGGGGGUUGGAGGGUUGAGGGUGGGGAAAAUACGAAGAAGGGUCGUUCGAGGUGCCGCUCGAGGGAGGACGUCAGUCGACGCAACGACGUUUACCGGUUUACAUCUGCAUAGAAUUUUAUUUCAAUCUUUCUUCCUUUCUUUUUUUUUCUUUUAAUUCCAAAUAUGAAUAAAAUAAGAGUUAACAGUAUUCCGAUGAUGCGACAAAAGUGUUCAAUAUUUUCGUGAGAUCAGUGUCAAACAAACAUUGUUACAAGUGGUGUUCGUUUUAUUCACUUUUUUGGGAUAUUUUUUUGUCAGUGGAAAUCGGUAGUGGUGAAUAUAAUUUUAGCAAAAUCAAAUGAAUAAUAUUGUUUUCGUUAAUCAAACGACAAGACGAUUGUAUAAUAACACGAUCGUUUGAUAGAACGAUGACCAAUAAAUUAGUUAUAUUCAAGUUGAAGUUGAAACAAAUGUUCAGAUAAGAUAAUGAUUAUCAAGAUUUGAGUGAAAAUGAUGAGGACAAAUAAUAAAGAUAAUGAUGAGGAUUGCGUGAUCAUUGGUGAUCCUUCGAUCUAAGGAAGGACAUGGCUAAGGGCAUGAUGAUGAAGGAUCAAGGCGAAUGUCCUUUAUACUGGGUCUAUGAUUCCGGUGGACAUCUGAAAUAUCUUCUACGUGCUGCCGCGCUUUAUUUAACGAUAGUUGCAGCCUUGUGGUGCGUCCCCGCCUGCCUUUACGAUCGAAUUUCGGAGACCGGGCAAGCAGUGGUUUUGACAUUAGUGGACACAGCAGCGGCAGAAUUGCAGAGCCUAGCUGAGCCAAAAAUCGAAUUGGAUUCCCAUUCGUCCGUGAAAAAUUCGAGUACGAAAGGUGGUAGGAGAUAUUCCGAGGAUAUACACGAUGCUAAAUCAACAUCUACGCAGAUACCUAGUCCUCCGAUUAUUAAGGAAGAAAGUAUCGAGGAAGAUAACGACACGAAUAAUGUGUUGUUGAACGAGGAUGAAGUUUUAGGAUUACAUGGGACAACAACCAAUGGAAAAAUUCAUGAAAAAACUCCUGACAUCGUGGUGGUGGUCAGAGCUGAACAACAAAAAAUUACGACCGAUGGUGUCGAUGUUAUUAGAACGGAAGUUAGAUCCGAGGAGGAGGAAGAAGUCGAACAGGUGUUACCGGAUGAAUUGGGAAAAGUCGAGGAUGAAGAUUUUGGUACUGCAUCCGAAUUGAACGAUACCGCAGCGAGAGUUAGAUUGAUAAGCGGUGGCAACAGGGACGACGUGGCUUCUGCUGUAAUAAUCGAUGGUCUCGUUGCUUCUGGGCCAUCCGAUUCCCACGAGGAUAUACCAUCUUUCAGCGAAUGGGCUCAGAAACGAUUAGAGGAAGCUGAAAAGAAGAAGACACAUCCAAACGCCUCUGUGCAAAAUCCAGGAGGACCAGGUCGAGGUAUGGGCGGUAUGAAGGUACGCUCGAAGAAUUAUGCUUCUCCUGAUUGUGGUGCCAAGAUCGUUGCCGUUAAUCCAGAAGCUCAGCACGCUAAAAGUGUAUUGGCUGCUACCAGAGACGAAUACAUGUUGAAUACUUGUACAUCGCGGGUCUGGUUCGUGGUUGAACUAUGCGAGGCCAUUCAAGCUAAGAAAAUCGAGUUGGCUAACUUCGAACUGUUCAGUUCAUCGCCAAAGGAAUUUUCCGUUUACGUGAGCGAUCGUUUUCCAACACGAGAUUGGAGCCCGGUUGGUCAUUUUACUGCGAAAGACGAGAGAGAUAUUCAAAGCUUUGCAUUGCAUCCUCAACUCUUUGGGCAAUUCAUCAAAGUGGAACUUCAAUCCCACUACGGUUCUGAACAUUUCUGUCCGAUUUCUCUAUUUCGUGCUUACGGUACCAGCGAAUUCGAGGUAUUAGAAACGGAAACGGAGAAUCAGUUGUCAAGGGAAUCGAAUUCGGAGGCAGAAGAUGACGAGGAUAAUGACGAAGAAGAGGUUCUCGAUGCCGACGGUGUACCAUCGAAUCUUUUCGGCAGCGCUAGGGAUGCCGUUCUCAGUAUAGUUAAAAAAGCUGCUGAAGUAUUGGUUAAAUCCAGCGACUUAAUUGAUAACAAUAUAACGAAGAUACAACAGAACAUCGAUACUGGGACAAUAUUAAAAAAUUCUUACAACAGUUGCACCACCCCCAGAUACACUAUUCUCUGUGCUAAAUGUUCCGAUCAAAAGUUUGCCAAAGUGUUUCAAUUGGUCGGUUGUAGGGAUCGACAAUUGGAUGAUCUUUUGAAGAAUAAUCUGGUUAAUGAAACUCUCAGAGAACAUGGAUUAUGCACCGAUCAUGGCAUAGACUUUUCUACGAUCAAUCAAACGAAAAAAGAAUAUUUAAGUGAAUCCAAAAGUAAGGCCAAAAAUCUUCAAGCAACUUUUUUCUCUUCCGUCUUCAAUCCCGAAUACAUAGUUGCGCUUUGCAACGUAUUGGCAACUAAAGAACGUAAAGUUGUGAUGAACACCAGCUACGAGAUACACGGUAGCGAAUCGGAGAACAUAACGCAAAAAGAUCCUAUGUUGAAAAUAGAAUCCACUGAGAAGACCAAUGAUCUUCCUGUCAUACCCUCUUCAUCUCAAAUAAUUACUUCAUCGAUAACAUCUUCUUCGAAGGAUUCCAGACAACGUCAAGAAUCCUCGAGCGAAGAAUUGGAGACAACGACUACGACAUUGACUGGAAGUUUAACCAAUGGCGAGAAUUUGGCUUCUCAGAUAAAACCAAUGAAAACUUUAAGCAAGGAAGACUUAGGGGAAAAGGAAUCGUCCUUGUCUAGUUCAGAAAUUAGAAAAGAAAUGGUGGAAGAAACUUUGCAAGGUGAAAUGAUUACAACUGCACCGCUUGUUACAAGUUCACCAACACCUACAUUGAAAAUUAUCGAAGAUUCAUCGGUCUAUAGAGCUACUGAAACGAUUACUCAAACUGUACCCAGUGUUCCAAUGUCUAAUUAUGCUGGCCAAGAAAUCAAUAGUAAUCUUCCUUCGUCUAUUAUUGAAUCCGGUGAAUCUGUUAUUCAAAGUAAAACUGAAAAGACUGAGAGAGGUGGUGAAAACGUUGGAACGAAAAAAUUGGAACAAGUUGAAAUUGAUGUCAAAGGAAAAGGAGAAUCUGGUGAACAAGAAGGGAAAUUGUCUUCUCAAGAUCAUCUUAAUUUCGACUCGUUACUUUCGGAUUUAAAAGAUUUGGAAAACGAUGCAAUUAAUUUACAUAAUGGACCAGUUGCUGCAUCUAACACGCAACCAACUGCGAGUACGACGCCCCAACAAAAGGAGUCUGUUUUCCUUAGGUUAUCCAACAGAAUCAAGACACUUGAAAGGAACAUGUCUCUGAGCGGUCAAUAUUUAGAAGAAUUGAGCCGACGUUACAAGAAACAAGUUGAAGAAAUGCAACGUUCAUUGGAACGUGCUGUAACGGCAAUGAGCGAGGAGUCGAGAAAAUCUGAUGAACGUGAUUCGAAGAGACUCGAGGAAAUUGCCAUGUUACGAGAAGAGAUAGUAAUACUUACUAAUUUGGUCGAAAAUAUUGUACACGAUCAAAACAGUUGGCAUGGAAGAUUUUCUGCUAUCGGUCAACACGCUCUUGUCAUUUGCGUAGAAAUAUUUUUAGUAAUUAUUAUUCUUUCUUAUUGUCGAAGAGCCAACGAUUACGAGGAAGAAGACGAAGAACAGCAGACAAUAUCUAAGAAAAAUACUGAUGGACGUAGACAAAGUGCUGUACAUUUGUCGAGUUCUUCAACUCUUAACAAAAAGAUCAAAAAACGACGACCAAGCGAGAUCGCAUCCAAUAUAUCAACAACCUAUCGCAAUCUCAUGAUCGAAGAUCACUGCCACGAAACCAAAAAGGAACGUAAAAAGAAACGUAAAAAGGAAGCAAAUGCUGCUAAGUUAAUUGCUGAUAUUAAAGAGAAACGACAAACGAUUAAAUAUAAAAGUACUUCGAGUCUCGUACCACCAAUUAAUACGUUAAUUUCGACGAAAAGAGCUUCGUCCAGUGAUCCACCAAAAAUCGAAGAUAUACAACAACACGAUAGUCAUCAGCAUAGCCAAACCAAAGACCCGCCGGAAUACACGAUAGAUAUCGCGAGCAAGUUUAAUAACGAAGACAAAAUCAUUAGUAAUACUAAAGUAUCGGAAACAACAAUACGUGAAAGAAAUAUUAAGUUUGGUCGUAUGGAAGUUGGUGGUGGUGGUGGUGGUAGUAGUGCAGGUGCAGGUGCAGGUGCAGGUGUAACAGAUUAUAUCGAGACACGUUUGUUUUCAAUUAAUCCUGAUAGAUUAUCUAUCAUACCGGUUUCUACCUCACAGACUACUGAUUUUUCCAAAAAUGGCUCUUCCAAGUACAGUGGGAUAUUGAAAGAAGGAAGAUUAAGUUCUCCGUCGUUUAUGAAGACAGCUUUAGGAGCUAGAAAAAAGAGAAACUCGAUUAACAAUACUGGUCAAUCUCAACAACAACAACAACAGAAUAGUAAAGAAGACAAGUGGGAAACUAAUUCAGGUAAUUCGUCGAGCGACAGAUCGUCGUCUCAUAAAGAAUCACCUGUCACGUCUAGAACUUUUUUGGUUAAUCUUGGUAACGUAAAUGGUAGUGCUGCGAACGGUUUAUUGGAUGAAAGUGACGAGUCGAGAAGUAAUAGCGUUACGCCAACUUCGUGGAAAAAAGAGAAGAAAAGUAGCGGUCUUAAGAAGAUGACAGUUUUAAUGCAACAUGGAAGAAGAUAGACUUAUAAAAAGAAAACAACGUCUCAAACGUGAUGGAAAUUUGCAACAGUUGGCUGAAAUUAUUAAAGAA